AUGCAACCUCGCAAGACGAAGUAAGAGUCACCACAACACAAAUAUAUUUAGCCAUUCAACACUCCAUAGUUUGAGUCCGAUUUAUUCUACACCUCAGAUUCAACUGCAGAUCGUUCCUGGCAUUGCUCAAGUGCUAUCACUACAUACCUUCACAUUCUCAAGAUGCGAUUUCUUUGUUUACAUGGCUCCGGCACAAGCGGGGAAAUUUUUGAGAUCCAAUCCGGGGGCAUAAGUCAGGCUCUGGAAGCCAAAGGGCAUCGCUUCGUAUAUGUCGAUGGCCGAUUAGACUCUGAACCUGAGCCAGACCUGAAGGGCAUCUUGGACCCCCCGUUCUACAAACACUAUCCCCGCGAUAUCGCACCCGGUGAAGACCUCGCGCGUGCGAUCGAGUACACCAUGGAUAUCAUUAAGAAGAAAGGCCCAUUCGACGCUGUAAUGGGGUUCUCACAAGGCGCCGCUCUUGCAGGUUCGCUUCUUAUUAACCAUGCCAAAACACAUGACGUGCCACUGUUCAAAGCCGCUGUCUUCAUCUGCGGUGCGGCGCCGUACGAGACAUCUGGAAUGGAGACUAUCCAGCCGACGCCAGGGGAGUAUCUGAUCAAUAUUCCUACGACUCAUAUUGUAGGUAAGCAGGAUGGGAUUUACGACCUCAGUAUGCAAUUGUAUGGUCUGUGCGAACCAUCGAAGGCGGAGUUUUACGACCACGGAUCGAGGCAUUUGAUUCCCUUCGAUGCCAAGAAUACAGAGGCCAUGGUUGCUGCUAUCGAAAAAACCAUUAAGCGCGCGAAGACAGGUUAGGACUCAAGAAACUCGCUUUGCUUUACUCGAGAUGUGAAAACGAUACGAACAGGGAAUCAUGUACGGCGUGCGUCUGGGUUUAUUGAACAAUAGAUGAAUAGGAACACAUGUAUAAAGCAGAAUUCUGAUGCUCAAUGCUAUCUCUUUGAAUCAUCGCUUCUAUCUCUGGAAUGGUAUCUCGAGAACAAAACCGCAACCAAUAAGCAUACCAUACCCAAGACCAUGC